UAUAUGUCAAUGUCAAUACAAAGAUAAGUUGGUUACUUUAUUGAUAUUUCAAACUGAAAUAUAUGUGAUAUAAUCAAAUGAUCAAAAAUCACAAUUUUUUUGUUUAUCCAAGUCUUUUAUACGAUUUUAGUACAUACAAAAAAAUGAAAAGAAUAAUCAGCUUAAUUUUUUAUUUAUAGCUUUUAAGAAUUAAAAACUAUAUUUCAAUAAUGAAAUACAGUUGAAAUUUAUAUUUAGUAUGGAUGAAACUUCGAAUAAGGUUAAAAAAUUGAAUAAUUUUGAUUAUGCUCUGGCUGGUGGUGGCUCUGGAUUUAUAACUCGAGCACUUACUCAACCACUUGAUGUAUUAAAAAUAAGAUUACAGCUUCAAGUAGAACCUAUAACGGGUAAUGCAGUAUCCAAAUAUAAGUCCUUACAUCAUGCAGCAGGUUUAAUACUACAAGAAGAGAGUAUUAAAGCUUUUUGGAAGGGUCAUGUGCCCGCACAGCUACUGUCUAUUAGUUACGGCAUGAUACAAUUUUCCACAUUUGAACUUUUAGUCAAUGAAGCUGAACUAUUAAAUUUAAAUAAAAAUUACUCGUUUUUUAUUAAUUUUCUAAGCGGAUCAAUUGCAGGUAGUGUAGCAACAGUAGUUUCUUUUCCAUUUGAUGUAAUUCGGACUCGUUUAGUUGCUCAAAGUGAAAAAAAAAUUAUUUACAAGGGGCUCGUACAUUCAUGUAGGGAUAUAUUUCAAAAUGAGGGAUUUCUGAAAUUUUUUCGAGGUCUUUUACCAACAAUUGUACAAGUAGCACCUCAUGCGGGUGUUCAGUUCAUGUCAUACAAACUUUUCAAUAACUUAUAUACAAAUUUAUUAUCACAGAAUGAUGUAACUUUAUCGAAUAGUCUUGUAUCAGGUAGUUUAGCUGGUUUGUGUUCAAAAACUGUAAUAUAUCCUUUAGAUCUGGUUAAAAAGAGAAUGCAAAUCCAAGGGUUUGAAGAAGGUAGAACUAUUUUUGGAAAAUUGUUCAAAUGUAAGGGUAUGAUCGACGCGAUUAGUAAUGUUUAUAAAGAAGAGAGCUUUGGAGGGUUUUAUAAGGGGUUAUCACCUAGUCUGCUCAAAGCUUGUAUCACCUCUGCUAUGUACUUUGGCACUUAUGAAAUAUGUUGUGAUUUUAUAGAGUUUUUAAAAUACACGUAACUUAUUUAAAGAAAACUAUUGUUUCUAAAUUAUACAAAAAAAUUAUUUUUUACAGCGAAUCUCAAUUAUAAAAUACCCAAAAUUUUGUUAAGUCAUCUGUUAUUUAUUAAAAUACCCAAAAUUUUGUUAAGACAUCUGUUAUUUAUUAAAUUUAAAUUUUUAUUUCAAGUGAUUUUUGAAAAGUUUGAUCUCAAUUAUUAUAUUCAAACAUUUUUUCAGUAAACAAAUAAAUUGGAUGUGCAAUGUAAGUCUAAAAACACAAUAAGCUUUGUCUAGUCAUUAUACUUUAAAAUUAAUAAAAAAUAUAUUUCAGAAA